AUGUCGACAAAAGAUGAUUCCACUACUCAACAAGAGAAUCAAACUUCAAAUAUUACGGUGUCUUCAAAACCUUUCAUUUCUUCAACUUUAGCGUCCCAACGUACUCAGUCUUGGUCAACAGCUUCUUCGUCAGGUGAGGAACACCAACAGUAUGAAGAACUUAUACCUCCUGAUAACUUUACCAUGGUAUCAACUUGGGUUUAUAGAAGUAGUUUUCCCAAAAAAAAGAACUAUGCUUUCUUGAAGAAACUUGGGCUGAAAAGUAUUCUAACGCUGAUCCUCGAAGAGUAUCCUGAACAAAAUAUGAAGUUCUUGGAAGCGAAUGACAUAAAAUUUUUUCAAUUUGGAAUAGCUGGUAACAAGGAACCUUUUGUUCAAAUACCCGAAGACAAAAUAUGCGCCGCGUUGGCCGUAAUUCUAGAUCAACGUAAUCAUCCUAUCUUGAUUCACUGUAAUAAGGGCAAGCAUCGGACAGGAUGUUUGAUUGGAUGUCUUCGCAAGCUUCAGAGAUGGACCCAUACUUCGAUUUUUGAAGAAUAUCGACGUUUUUCGCACCCAAAGUCGCGUUCAAUGGAUCAGCAGUUUAUUGAAUUAUUUGAUGUAUCUCAAGUAUGGAAACUCGUUGACAAAAGACAUGUUCCAAAUUGGGAAGUUUUAGGUUAUCCUUGGUGA